GGAGUCAGGCAUCGCUCCUCCUGUGAGCAGGUGUGUGCGCGCGUCUCGGAGCCACGGAGGAUCUCGGCUCUUCAGAUUUCUGGCUUUUGCACGGUGUUCGCGAUGCUGUGGGCGGCCAGCACGAUCAUCCGGAGCUUCUCCACGAGCUCGGCAUACUACCAAAAUAAGCUGAAGCUAGCCCUGAUUGGCCAGAGCCUCUUUGGCCAAGAAGUAUACACAAACCUCCGGAAGCAAGGCCAUAAGGUGGUGGGGGUGUUCACCGUUCCAGAUAAAGAUGGCAAGGCAGACCCUCUUGCUGUGGCGGCGGAGAAAGACGGCACGCCGGUGUUUAAGUUCCCCCGCUGGCGUGUGAAGGGAAAGCCGAUCCCUGAGGUGGUGGAGGCUUACAAGGCUGUGGGCGCCGAGCUCAACGUCAUGCCUUUCUGCUCCCAGUUUAUCCCCAUGAAUGUGAUCGACAACCCCAAGCACGGCUCCAUCAUCUACCACCCCUCCCUUCUCCCGAAGCACAGAGGAGCCUCUGCCAUCAACUGGACUCUGAUUGAGGGGGAUAAGAAGGCUGGUUUCUCCAUAUUCUGGGCUGAUGAUGGUUUGGACACCGGUCCUGUAUUACUGCAGAAGGAAUGUGAUGUGGAGCCCAAUGACACAGUGGACACGCUGUACAACCGCUUCCUCUUCCCAGAGGGAAUCAAAUCUAUGGUGGAGGCUGUACAGCUUAUAGCAGAUGGGAAAGCUCCCAGGAUUCCUCAGCCUGAGGAGGGAGCGAGCUACGAGGGAAUCCAGAAGAAAUCCAAUGCCAAGGUGAACAUGGCCCAGCCUGCUGAAGCUAUUCACAACUGGAUCCGUGGCCAUGAUAAAGUUCCAGGUGCAUGGGCAGUCAUUGAUGGGCAGCCUGUGACACUAUAUGGUUCAUCGUUGCUGAGUGACCCAGUUCCUGCAGGUCAGACCCUGAACGUUGAGGGAGCAUCUCAGCCUGGACUCAUCACCAGCUCGGGCCUCGUGCUCUUCGGGUCUGAUGGAAAAGCGCUCCAAGUGAAGAACCUGCAGUUUGAAGAUGGAAAGAUGAUUCCAGCCUCCAAGUACUUCUCAUCAGGAGACACCACAAGCGUAGAGCUCACAGAGGAAGAGAAGAAGAUGGCAGAGGAGAUCAGGAUGAUCUGGAAGGGCAUUUUGAGCAACGUUGCAGUAAUUGAGGACACUACUGAUUUCUUUAAAUCUGGAGCUGCUUCUAUGGAUGUGGUCAGGCUGGUGGAGGAGAUCAAGCAAAAAUGUGGAAGUGUCCAGCUGGAGAAUGAAGAUGUGUACAUGGCCACCUCCUUCCAGGAGUUCAUCCAGAUGUUUGUGCGACGUCUGAGAGGAGAGGACCAGGAGGAGGAGCUAGUCAUCAAUUAUGCAACUAAAGACAUUAAUGGCAUGACCCUGAAGAUGCCUUACCAGUGUUUCAUUAAUGGGGUGUUUGAGGAUGCAGAAAAUGGAAAAACAUAUGAGACUGUCAACCCUACUGAUGGCUCAGUGAUCUGUAAGGUUUCGUUUGCCUCUGUUGGGGAUGUAGACAGAGCAGUUGUUGCAGCUAAAGAGGCUUUUGAGAACGGCCCCUGGGGCAAGAUGAACCCCCGCGACCGUGGCAGGCUGCUGUACAGACUGGCUGAUCUUAUGGAGGAGCAUCAAGAAGAGUUGGCGACCAUUGAAUCCAUUGACUCAGGUGCUGUAUAUACUCUAGCACUGAAGACUCACGUAGGCAUGUCCAUUCAAACCUUCAGAUACUUUGCUGGCUGGUGUGACAAGAUCCAGGGCACAACAAUACCCAUUAACCAGGCCAGACCCAAUCGAAACCUGACCUUUACCAAGAAAGAGCCUCUGGGAGUAUGUGCCAUUGUGAUCCCAUGGAACUACCCUUUGAUGAUGUUGGCCUGGAAGAGUGCGGCAUGUUUAGCUGCUGGAAACACACUCAUCCUAAAACCUGCACAGGUGACUCCUUUAACAGCACUGAAGUUUGCAGAGUUGACAGUUAAAGCAGGCAUUCCUAAAGGUGUCAUCAACAUCGUACCAGGGUCAGGUGGUAUGGUAGGACAGAGGAUGUCUGAUCACCCCGAUAUCCGUAAGUUAGGAUUCACUGGCUCCACCCCAAUUGGAAAACAGAUCAUGAAAAGCUGUGCCGUCAGCAACCUGAAGAAGGUGUCUCUGGAGCUGGGGGGCAAAUCCCCCCUCAUCAUCUUCAGUGACUGUGACAUGGACAAGGCUGUGAGGAUGGGUAUGAGCUCUGUUUACUUCAACAAGGGGGAGAACUGCAUAGCUGCAGGCAGACUGUUUGUGGAGGAGUCCAUUCAUGAUGAGUUCAUCACACGCGUGGUUGAGGAGAUUAAGAAGAUGAAGAUUGGGGAUCCUCUGGACCGGUCCACGGAUCACGGCCCCCAGAACCAUAAGGCUCACCUGGAUAAGCUGGUGGAGUAUUGUGAGAUCGGUGUGAAGGAGGGUGCCACUUUGAUCUAUGGAGGAAGGCAGGUGGACCGACCAGGAUACUUCAUGGAGCCUACAGUGUUCACAGACGUUGAGGAUCACAUGUUCAUUGCUAAAGAGGAAUCAUUUGGCCCUGUAAUGGUGGUGUCCAAAUUUAAGGAGGGUGAUGUGGAUGGAGUGCUAAGAAGAGCCAAUGACACAGAGUUUGGUCUGGCAUCUGGAGUCUUCACACGGGACAUCAAUAAGGCCAUGUACAUCAGUGAGAGGCUGGAGGCGGGAACCGUUUUCAUCAACACCUACAACAAGACGGACGUGGCUGCACCCUUCGGAGGAUUUAAGCAGUCCGGCUUCGGGAAGGACCUCGGUGAGGAAGCUCUUCACGAGUAUCUCCGGACCAAAGCAGUGACUGUGGAGUACUAAGGGAAGAUAACAACUAAUAAUUUGCUGCUCCUGGACUUUGAGCUGGACUGCCAGGCGGUGGAUGGGACUGCAGGUCACAUGCUCCAUCCACCAGCUUGCAUUGGCUUCGGCUUAGAACUAGUUUGAUAAAGGGUUUAAAAAAAGCACUCCCUGCCAAGACUACACUGCUGUGCCUAUCUUUUCUAUCAGUUUGCCUCCGGAACUUGCCUUUCUGCGAGGGAAACGCCGAAUUUCCAAGCCAAAGGCAGCUCAAAGACAUCCAUGUGGAACCAAGAACAAAGUAGAAACAAAGCCAUGUGAAAAAGAACAUUAUUAACAACACUGCCAACAUCUGACUGACUUAGCAACCAGUGAAGAACAUAAUAUAGCCCUAUCUGGACAGGGUUAGUUUCUCAGGGGGUAUUGGGGUAAUUUUCUCUUUUAUGGGGGGUUUUUAUCCUGUGUGAUUUUAUUCCCAUCUGGAACGAUCAUGUAUGUAUUUUUUUCAGACGUCCUCUAAGAAAAUUACAGGCUAAAGUACUGUUUUUUGCCAAACUCCAUGAUCCUCCGGUAAUUUUAUUCCUGUCCAGGCGCACAUCUGAGUUUUGUCUCCUCGUGUUAAAAUAUAUGAAUAAAUAUAUAACAUAAAAUAGCUAUUUUUCCACCGUAAUUACACUUUGGGUGUGCAUUCGCACUAAGAUCCACAUUAAAAACGCAACAGUGAGUGGAAAUGGAGGAGCUACUGAACUCAAUGUCAUGUGACCGAGAAAGCCAAAAAACUCACUGGUCCUCCUGUUUUUUAAAUUGUAGUCCAGAUGCAGGAGUUUUAUCACAGAUGUCCCCCUGAGAAACUAAUCCCAUCCAGAUAGGGUUAAGGUUGAGUUUUUAAAACCUUUUUUUUUUUUUUUUUUUAAGUUUCUGCUUGUUACAUAAAUCCACACUUUACAGCUCAUUUACAUCAUUGUUGUCUUAAGGUUUUUUUUGUUUCAGACAUUUUAGGAAAUGUUUUUAAUCGUCACACCACUUAAUUUGAGAUUAAUAUAUGUGUACAUAUUUUAUAGAGAAGGAGAUAAAUUAUCAUGCUAUAUAUUUUUACCUCUGCAUUCCAGACAGGAAAUACAGAAUGA